UACUUCAUAUCUGAAGACUUGAUCGAGUUAAGUGAAUCUGUGAGUCAAGUCAGGCGAUUUACCCAGGCCUGGCAUGCAAUCCAGCCCAGAUAAGACGAAUCCGGCUCGAAUCCCCUCUAACUCUGGCUGUGCAUUGGUCCGUAUGUCUCUCUCUACGUUAUCCUACGUAAAUGCACGCAUGCACGCAUGCACUCUCCAGUCUCUUCUGCUGAUAGAUUCAUGGCUGACGGCUGACUGACUGACUGAUCGAUCAAGUGCGGGCGGCGUGUUUUCUUCAAGUGAUACUAACCUCAAUCAUGGCCGUCUCCUUGAUGGCAUCGCCCAUUAUAUUUUGAUGAUCAAGCUCUUUGGUGCUCGUUCAAUUGGCUGGCGGUAUCGUGACCGCUGGAUUGGGGAUAGAUUCUAGGCUCUGGCGACUGGUGUGCUUCCCAUGAGAUGAGUACAGUUCGGGUGACUCAUCCGCCAUCCAUCCUCCCCCCUGGUACUGGUGGUAGUCAUCGAGUUGUGUGAGCGGUUUCUUACACUCGCUCAUUCAUUACGCCCAUUUAGUAGCAUGGCCUCGUUAAAGUCGCCUUUGAUCGUGGCCUUGGAGCCCAUCAUCCCUUUCAGCGACUGUCUGACGGACUCGCCGCGAUUUCGUCAGAGCCUCCAGGCUAAUGAGGAUAACCUCGACGACCUCGAGACCCGUCUGGAGAAGCUCUUGAAAGCCAAUGCGGCCAUGGCUGAGGCGGGCAAGCAUUACGUCAAUCAACAAACCCAGUUCCUGGCUGCCCUCUGGGAGAUGAACGCCCAUUUCGCGUCUAGUCUCCCUCGGGGUGGGGCUCGUACUCCGGCCCCGCCGCCUCAACCCCCGUUGGCCGACACCUUGGUUCACCUGAACAAGUUGGCUCAGAAUGUGCAAGAGAUGAUCAAGCUCCAGAAUUCGGUGGUGGGGCGGGCUUCGGAGGCCCUGGCUCAUGAUUUGACCAAGUUUCUGCGGGAUGACGUCAAACAAAUGAAAGACACUAAAGGCUAUUUCAACAAGAUCUCCAAUGACCUGGAUUCGGCCUUGCAGAAGAACGCCACCGUGUCCAAAAGUCGUCCGGGCGAUGUGGAAGAUGCGGCCAAUCUACUCACGGCCACGCAGAGCUGCUUCCGCUACACCACCAUGGACUACGUGUUCCAGAUCACCAUGUUGCAAGCUAAGAAGAAGCACGAGGUCUUGAAGUCCUUGCUGGCCUUCCUCAUCACCUACGGCGAGUUCUUUGAGCGGGGCUCGGGCGCUUUCACGGAUUGGCAAUCCGAUAAACAGUCUUUGGGCGGGCACAUCAUGGAUCUGCAACAGGUGUCAUCGAGAUUGGAGAAGCACCUGGAGAAACGACACACCCACGUGAGUCAGGGCAGUCACAAUGAGAUUGAGGUGCCCGCCGCCGGACGGCACGAUGUGAAACUCGAAGGCUAUUUGUUCAAACGCGGCCAGAAUGCGUUCCGGAUCUGGAACCGACGGUGGUUCUAUCUACAGAAUAACAAGCUUCUGUACUCGAGACGAUCGGGUGAAGAUGCCACGGUUAUGGAAGAGGAUCUCCGGAUUUGUUUGGUACGACCCUUGAUGGAUAUCGAUCGUCGAUUCUGUUUCGAAAUCAUUUCGCCCACCAAAUCGCACAUCUUGCAAGCCGAUUCGGAUGAGAUCGCCAAGAAAUGGAUCACAUGCCUCCAACAGGGCAUUUCAUCGGCUCUUCAGGAGACCAUUCAGGAGGCAAAGAAACAUGGGCCUGAGGAACAACUGCGGUGGGACGACUCGGACCCCGAGGAUUCCCAAGAACCCAAGGCUACGUCCUCGUCGAGUCCGGCUAAAAAUGGAAAGUCAAAGCAAUGUGCCAAACAAAUCCUUCUCAUCCCUGGUAAUGAAACGUGCUGCGAUUGUGGCUCGGCACAACCUCAAUGGGCCUCGAUUAAUUUGGGAAUAACCCUUUGCAUUGAAUGCUCCGGGGUGCAUCGGGGGUUGGGGGUUCAUGUCAGCAAAGUGCGUUCCAUUACCCUGGAUGCUUGGGAACCGGAAAUCCUGAAGGUCAUGGCUGAAUUGGGCAACACAAUCUCGAAUCUGAUUUUCGAGGCUGAGGUCCAUGAAAUCGUGGCCAAACGCGCCAAGCCCUCUUCCGAUGGGCCCGAGCGGGAAAAUUGGAUCAAGGCCAAGUAUGUGGCUAAGGCUUUCAUUCGCUCCAAAGUUCUGGAACAAGGGUCCGACGGCUCAAACUCGGGCAUUUGGACCGUACGCAAACUCCGACGUCGUAGCCGGACCUCGGGUGCGAAAGGGGAAUCCUCCUCGUCUAAGGAAAAUCGAGACACGGAUGAGAAGGACGAAGACACGACGCAAUCCGGCAAGAUCAAUGCCGAGCAUCUCAUCUUCGGCAGCUCUCUUGGGGAGCAUCGUGUUGCCAGUGUGGAACUCGAUAGCGAUCAAGAGUCAACGGAUGGCGAGGAUGGAACCUCCAUGGCGGAUCAAGCCUACAUCGAGGCCAUGCUGGCCGAACUCACGCCUGACCAUCUACUUUACCGUGCGUCUCGUGUUCAUAAUUUACCUGUCAUGAGCCAAGCCCUGGCCUUGGGUGCUAAUCGUGACUGGGAUGCCCCCAAUGGCUCGGCCGUGAUCCAUCAGUCCAUCCUGAGUGGAUCGAUCUUGGCCUGUGNGCUGGAUAUUGCGGUGCAGAAUUCGGACGCCGACAUUGUCACACUCCUCAAAUUGGCCGCAUUGAACGAGGAGAUCCGGGAAAACGAUAUGGCCGGUGAUGACACUUUCCACGAUGUUGUGCAGGAAUUCUCGCAAAUGGGGUCCACUCAUCCAGAACGAUUCCAUCGAAAAUCCACCUCGGAUGGACGCAAACCUGACAAUUGAUAUUGCUCGACAUGUGUGAAUUUGGUUUGUAUUUUUCUACACAUCCUCUUCUAUUAUGCUAUGAUAAACAUCACUAUUUUACUGUUUCAUAUUUUAUCACUAAAUACAUUAACCUCUAAAACGGU